AUGGGUCUCUUCUCAAAACUCAUCUGGCUUGCUUGUCUCACUGCCUCGUUCUUUUGCAUGGUUCGAGGUGAUGCACAUCAUUACGACUUCCUUCUACGGGAGAAAAAUUUUAUGAGGUUGUGUAGCACGAAAAGCAUGCUCGUCGUAAAUGAUAGUUUUCCGGGACCGGUAAUCUAUGUUCAUAAAGGGGAUACUGUGUUUGUUAAUGUUCACAAUCAAGGAAAUUAUGGUGUUACAAUUCACUGGCACGGAAUCAAACAACCGAGAAACCCAUGGUCAGAUGGUCCAGAGUAUAUCACACAGUGUCCAAUCGAACCAGGUUCGAACUUCACGUACGAGGUCAUUCUAAGUACUGAGGAAGGAACUCUUUGGUGGCAUGCUCAUAGCGACUGGACCAGAUCCAGUGUUCAUGGCGCCAUUGUUAUUUAUCCCAUUGAAGGAAUGACUUAUCCAUAUCCAAAGCCCGACGAUGAAGAAAUUUUCGUACUCGGAUCUUGGUAUAUCGAAGACAUUAACUCGUUAGUUGCCGAGGACCUAGAAACCGGAGCAGACACUCCGCGGUCAAAUUCUUAUGUCAUCAACGGCCAACCGGGAGACUUAUUACCAUGCUCUCAAGAAUCAACGUACCGUUGGGUGGUUGAUUAUGAGAAGACAUAUCUUGUCCGGAUAGUUAAUGCAGCCAUGAAUGCAGAACUCUUCUUUGGAAUUGCUAACCACAGCCUCACAGUUGUCGGGAUGGAUGGGAACUACGUAAAACCCAUUCUCAGCGAUUAUUUAGUGUUGAGCCCCGGACAAACCAUGGACGUCUUGCUAACAACAAACCAAUCUUUGAGCCACUACUACGUUGCCAUAAGACAAUAUGACAGCGCCAGGCCAGAUGUUACAAACUACGAUCAAACAAAUGCUACAGCAAUUCUUAUGUACAGUGGCAACUAUACUGCCCCAAAUUAUCCAACCUAUCCUUCCACCCUUCCUUCCUAUGAGGACUUUCGUUCUGCCGACAGAUUUUUGGACCGCCUUAGGAGCUUAGCAAGCACAGAUCACCCAGUAAACGUCCCACUGAAUGUAACUACCAAAAUGUAUAUCACAGUUUCUAUGAACCAGAUUCUCUGUCCAAAUGAAUCAUGUGCUGGGAUAAAUGGAAAUAAGCUUUCUUCAAGCUUAAACAACAUAAGUUUUGUCAACCCGACUACUGAUGUAUUGCAGGCCUAUUACAGGAACUUGAGUGGAGUUUACACCACAGAUUUUCCAAACUGGCCUCCAUCUUUGUUCAACUUCACUCAGGAUGAUUUGCCGUUCAAUACUACAGUGCCGAUUCAGGGGACCAAAACUAAGGUGUUAAACUAUAAUGAAGAGGUGGAAAUAACUUUUCAAGGGACUGAGGUAUUGAAUGCUUCAGAGAAUCAUCCAAUGCACAUGCAUGGGUAUAGCUUUUACGUGGUUGGAUCAGGUUAUGGCAAUUUCAAUGAUUCGAUUGACCCCCAAACCUAUAACUUGGUCGAUCCACUUGAAGUGGCUACUAUAGGAGUCCCAAAGAAUGGAUGGGUUACCAUCAGAUUCAAAGCAAGUAAUCCUGGUGUAUGGUUUUGGCACUGCCAUUUUGAUCGACAUCUUAGCUGGGGCAUGAAUACUGUAAUGAUAGUGAAGAAUGGUGACACACCUGAGACAAGUAUCCCCCCGCCCCCUGCUAAUAUGCCCACUUGUAAAGGACCAUACCUCACUUGGAUCGAAGACUUUGAUGAUUCUAAUGGAGAAGUUAAUUAA